AUGUGUUAUUUGAUUCAAAUUGAAGUUGAUGUCGUUAGUUUAACUGCAAUUUGUGCCCAGAAAGAUGCAAAUUUUAUUGAAGGAAAGAUUUUUCGGCAAAAAUUUAUGAUCAAUUUUAAGGUUGCGGUGCGCCAUCUGUCCGGGGCUGGCCCAUCUCCAAGCGGUGGAUUGGUUUUAUUUUCAAAACACGGAUCCGUUGGCCUUGUCAAAUUAAAUCGACCAGAGUCACUGAAUUCACUUUCUUCUGUGCUUUUUGACGAGCUUCUCACUUGCCUGAAAAAAUGUGACUUGGAUACCUCGAUCGGGGCCAUCGUGCUGACCGGUAGUGAAAAGGCAUUUGCUGGUAGCAUUUUUAUUCUUAAUAUGGGACUAGCCGGCGCCGAUAUCAAAGAAAUGAGCGAGCGAACAUUCUCUAAAAACAUAAACGAGAAUUUCCUUGGUAAUUGGUCGGAGAUCCAAAAAAUUCGAAAGCCAAUAAUUGCAGCCGUUAAUGGAUUUGCCGUAAGCCCCGCCCAUCUCAUUUUGGUAGCUUGGGGGUGGUUGCGAGCUUGCCAUGAUGUGCGAUAUGAUAUUUGCCGGGUCGCGGGCAAAAUUUGGUCAGCCAGAAAUCAAACUUGGCACGAUUCCUGGAUCUUUCCAUCAGAGACUUUGGUAGAUGAGAGCAUAAAGGUUGCCGAAACUAUCUCUGAAUAUUCGAAACUAACGGUUUCCUUAGCUAAGGAGGCUAUAAAUUCAGGUUUGUCUUUGUUUGACGAUUUUUAG